GUGUAAAUAAUCACCAUAUAAUUUAUUCAAAAUGCUCGAAGCAAAACUCCAACAAGGUGAAAUCCUCAAGAAGAUCCUCGAUGCCAUCAAGGAAUUAGUCAAUGAUGCUAACUUUGAUUGUAAUAGUAACGGUAUGGCCCUUCAAGCCAUGGACACUGCUCACGUCUCUCUUGUUCACCUCAUGCUCAAGAAGGACGCCUUUGAAAGAUACAGAUGUGAUAAGAAUGUUGUCUUGGGUAUCAGCAUGCAAGCCAUGAACAAGAUGUUAAAGUGUGCCGGUAAGGAUGAUGCCAUUUCCUUGAAGGCUUCUGAUGAACCAAACAACCUCGCUCUUACAUUCGAAAGCAAGAAUGGAGAAAGAAUGAGUGAAUUUGAAAUGAAGUUGAUCGAAAUUGAUGCCGAACCAGUUGGCAUUCCAGAACCAGAUUAUACUGCUGAAAUUACCAUGCCAGCAGCUGAAUUCAAGAAGAUUUGUUCUGAUUUGCAAACUAUUGGUGAUACUGUCACUGUUUCUGUCAACAAGGAUGGUGUUAAAUUCUCUGUAACUGGUGAAUCAGGUAGCGGAAGUAUUACUGUCAGAGAAAACACAAAGGCUGACAAGAGUGAUGAAUCUACUUCAAUUCAAUUGAAGGAAUCUGUCAGUUUGACAUUUGCUUUGAAAUACUUGAAUACUUUCUGUAAAUCUGCCUCCUUGAGUAAUCAAGUUGGUUUGUACCUCUCAAAGGAAUCACCAUUGUUGGUUGAAUUCAAGUUUAUUGAAGAUUGUUAUAUUCGUUACUAUUUGGCUCCUAAGAUUGAUGAAGAAGAAGAAGCUGCUGAUGAAGAAUAAGCCAUAAGUGUGCUAAUUCGAUCAUUAAACAGCCCUAGGAAAUAAAUAACUAAAAUUUAAAUUAU